AUGACAGACGCACAUCAGUCACCGCUUCUGCUCUUGCCCUUAAAGACGACAGAGGAGGUGGAUCUUGGUUCUGCGGUCAGAUCGCUCAUCACCAACAGCUACGGUGAAGACCCCAGAAAGUAUGCCGAACAGACGUCGCAGCUGAACCGCGCACGUCAGGAUGCCGUCAAAGGCGCAGCUUCGGAUGCGACGGGCAGGGACUUGCUCUUCAAAUGGUUCCAUAUGCUCGAGAUGCUCGAGUUGCGUUUCCCAGAGCUUCGCGUGCCUUUUCCGUGGAAAGACGCCUUUACGCAAAAAGCCAUCUCGCAGUCUAGCUUGGCCUACGAAAAGGCAAGCAUCAUCUUCAACAUCGCUGCCACGCUCUCGUCGCUUGCCGCCUCACAACCGCGCAUGUCGGGCAAUGCGGACGGUCUCAAACGCGCCUACACCGCGCUUCGUCAAGCUGCGGGCAUGCUAAGCUACAUCAACGAGAACUUCCUUCAUGCUCCCAGCACCGAUAUGAGCAAGGACGUCGUCAAGUGCCUCGUGGGCAUCACGCUUGCUCAAGCGUCCGAAGUAUUCCUGGAGAAGACAAUUGAGGAGAAGAAGGGCGCCGGCCUCAUCUCCAAGCUCGCCAGUCAAACCGCUGCUGCCUACACGGGCCUGGUCGAGGACUCGCGGGAGAACGUUACCAAGGGCAUCUUUGAACGGUCUUGGACCUACCUCGUCCAGGUCAAGGCGAGACACUUUACUUCGGUUAUGCACUACUACAAGGCGCUGGCAGACGAUGCUGCUGGUUCGCAUGGUUCGUGCCUUGUCCGCUUGACUGUUGCAGAGACGGCAGCAAAGGAGGCUCGCAACUUGUUGGCGACGUUCACUGCGGCAGCCGCUGCGAGCAUCGCUGCUGACCGUCCGUCGAUGCCGAGCGAUGCGGGCUCUGCGCUUGUCGCCAUUGUUAAUGCUCAAGUCACGCGAUGCACAGAGCGCAAAGAAACUGCGGUCAAAGACAACGACCUCAUCUACCACGACAUCUUGCCCUCGGAGUCCUCACUCCCGGCCGUCGACAAGCUCGUCGCUGCGACUCCCAUUGCCAUUCAGGAGAUUUUUGCGGCUCCCGAAGUACAGCGAGUCAUCGGGCCCGAUCUGUUCCAGAACCUCGUGCCGCUCGGUGUCCAUGAGAAGGCGUCUUUGUACUCGGAGGAGAAGGCCAAGAUCGCUCGUGCCGAGUCGGAACGCCACGACCUUGCGACAGGGGAACUGCAAGCUUCGCUGGAAUACUUGGGCUUGCCCGGAAGCCUCAAGAAGUAUCGCGCUCUUGCUCAGGGUAGUGGCAGUGAUGCCAUGCUCGACUCGCUCGCCGAUCCCGGCUCCGAAGUCAUGCGCUGGUCUAACGAGGAAGCCGAGGGCGGAGGCGGUCGGGGUGCUGAUGGUCUUGGCGUGGGCGCCGCUGGUGUUGACUCUGCACUCCAACGGAUCGAGAGCAUCAAGUCGCAAGCGGCCAACGACAUCGACGCGGCACUUGCAGCGCUCGACGACGAGAACCGCGAAUGCGAGAAGCAGCGUGUGCGAUUUGGACACAAAUGGAACCAGGAACCGGCGGGGCUUCACACCAAAGAUAUGCGCCAGAACCUCAAGGAGAACAAGGAGGCGAUGCAGCAAGCCUCGCAGAAUGAUGUGCAGAUCGGAGAGCUGUGGAAGUCGAUCCGGCAGGAUGUGCAGCUACUUGUCUCGGGGCGAGAGGCUUUGGAGGCUGCAUUUGCCGCCGAGCUCACCGGUCAGACAGGGCUGUACGGUGGAGCCAGUGCUCAGACCUCGCUCAUCGACGUUUCUGCGGAGGAGGAGAAGGCUUCGGAGUCCGAGAUCGCAGGGGUGAAGGCCAAGCUGGCGCAGAUCGACGAGGCGUUGAACAAACUCAACAAGAUCAAGAAGGAACGCGGCGAGGUGCUGGCGGAUCUGAAGGAAAAGAUCCAGAGCGACGAUAUUUCGCAGGUGUUGGUGCUGAAUCGUCGUGCGCAGAACGUUGACUCGUCCAUCUUCGCUGCCGAGCUGGAAAAGUUCAAGCCGCACCAGAACAGGAUCGCCGUGAGCCUGCAUCACCAGCAAGCGCUCCUGGCUGAAAUCGAGUCGGCGUUCAAGGAGCUGUCGGAGAUGCGAGCGAGCAAAGCGGCGGGGGCGAAGUGGGACGAGAAGGAAAAGGCGAGGAACAAGCUGGUGGCGAGGUUGAAGCGUGCCAGGGAUUCCAAUGCGCAGGUGCGCGCUGGCGUGGCAAAGGGGUUGCAGUUCUAUGCGGAUCUGCAGGAGAUUGUGAAGGCUACGCGGGGGAGUGUGAAUCGAUACGUGGCAGAUCGCAAGGCGGAGAGGCAGAAGAUGGUAGCCGAUCUGGAGUGGGAGGAGAGGGGAUCGGAACAGGGUGGGGCGGAGAGGCUGGCUGGGUCCAUGGCGGGGUUGAGCGGGCUUGGCGGUGGCGGUGGACGGGCAGGUGGACCGCCCCCUCCUCCUCCGCCGGGGCCGCAUCGCCAGACGAGUUAUGCCAGCGGGUAUGGUGGUGCUACUCCGCUUUCGCCUGGACCUCCGCCUCCUUCGUUGCCUGGAGCAGGGAGGCAGACGAGCAUACCUCCUCCGCCUGCGUUGCCGCACCAACAGGCGGCGCCAUAUCAGCCACAGCAGCAGCAGCAGCAGCAGCAGCAGCCACAGCCAGCAGUGAACUCUGCCCACGAUCCGUACAGUUCAAUGUUCUCCAGCGGACCCUUUGGGGACGCGCGCUCGUCACCUGCGCCGCAACAGCCGCCUCCUCCGCCGCCGCAGCAUCAAUAUCAGCAGCGACCGCCUGCUCCGUACAGCCCGAUUGGGUAUGGAUCCGAUAGUUCAGGGACUGCUCAGCGUCAAGCUUCCGGGGGAUUGCCUCCCCCACCUCAGCACUUUCAGAGUAGCUUCUCGCCCGGUGCGACUUCGCCUGUGCAGGCGCGGUUUACGUCCCCGCCUCCAGCACCGUCGCAUCAGGCUCAGCAGGCCUACGGUCAGCAGGUUGGAGGAGGAGGGGCUGGGUACGGGAUGCCGCCUCCCCCUCCGCAGCAGCACCAGCAGGGUGCGUAUGGGGCACCCGCAGGGUAUACUACGCAGGAGUAUACGUCGCCCCCACCGCAGUCGCCGUACGGUGCGCCCGUGCAGCAGCAGGGGUAUGGAGGGUACGCCGCGCAGUAUCCGGCGUACGGCGCGCCCGGUGGUCAGCAGGGGGCACAGCAAGGGUACGCGGGGAGGGCGCCGCCGCCUCCACCGCACCAGCAGCAGCAGCAGCAGCAGUACCCGUAUCAGCAACAGCCGCAGCAGCAUGGUGGGUACCAGGGUGGGUAUCAGCCUCCGUACUGA